AUGAUUAAAAAUAUCUUCAAUGAGUAUCUCAAGUCGCAUGAAGUGCGGCGGACGGAUCAUGAGGGACUCAGGAAAGUUGCCAGGGAUUACAAGAAUAACUACACGUCUGACUGGCGAUGGUUCAGCAUCAAGUGCGAACGUAUAAUUGAAAACGAACUUCAAAAGAAGUCCCUGCGUGAGGAAGACAAGAAGGCUUACGGGAGCUGGGUGAAGGAGGCCCAGAAUUUGUCAACCUUUAGGUCGUUUUUUCCAAAAAUCCUCCUUAAGGUUUACAGCCGAUGUGAUGACCCGCACAAGUUUUUCUCUAAACUUGUUAUCCAGAAGUUCGAUGCCGUCGUGUUCUUCUGCGACGCGAGUGGCUUCUCUAACCUAGCAGAGCAAUUGGACAAGCGAAUCAAUGGCACGGAACUACUUGGUAAUUGCCUUAACAAGUUCUUUAACAUCCUCAUCAAAAUUAUCGACUGUUGGGGUGGAGACAUAAUUAAGUUCAGCGGGGAUGCUGUAUUGGUCAUUUGGCCUUUGCGCCGUGGCCACAGGGGGGCCAACUCGGCCAGGAACGCGAUAACACAUAUGGAAGAGUCAGCCGAGGCAACCGCAUUCCCUUCCACAUCCAUGGCUACGAUGAACAGGACCCAACCGCAGGACAACUCCGAUUACUAUCCUUCCGACACCACCACCCCAAACGGAACACCGAACGGAACACCGAACGGAACAUCGAACGGAGCAUCGAACGGAACAUCAAACGGAGCAUCGAACGGUAUCCCCAACGGUAUCCCCAACGGUAUCCCCAACGGAACCCCCAAUGGAGCAAAGAAACCAAAUCAAAAGGAGAAAAACGUUAAAAAAAUAUGUAUGCUCGCCCUGGGGUGCUGUGUAGACAUACACAAAUUGUUGAAUAAGUUCCCAACGCCCAUCGAAAAUAAAUACCUUAAGGUUCAUAUUGCAAUCACCUACGGAAAAGUAUCCUUCCUCCAACUCGGGAAUAUAUUGAACAAGAGAGACUACCUUCUUUCUGGAAAACCUUUAGAAGAAAUAGGAGUCGCCGAGUCAUUGGCUAGAAAUGGAGAAAGCGUGAUAUCCCACAGGUUUUAUGAAAAGGUGAAGGACAGAAUUGUUGUGAAGGAGACGGCGAAGAAGAAGUUCUUCCUUUUCGUGAAGAUGAAGGAGGAGAUAGAUAUGCGGGAGUUGAAAAGGGAGUAUGAAGAGGGAGACGAGUGGGAACUCCCAACGGGAGAAGUGCCCAUAAAUUUAUCUAGAGGAGCAUCUAAGGAGGAAGAAGAAUCUAAGGAUGGAAAAGGUUCUAAGGAAGGGUCUAUGCACGUGGUUAACACGUGUGCAACCCGUAGGAUAUGCGGAUACGACCAAAGUGAGACUCCCCUCGUGCACGAACACUUCUGCCAUCUCUUGAAAAGCUUCAUUCCAGAUAUAGUUUACCGUAAAAUAGCAACGGGUUGUAAUGUCUUUAUAAAUGAAAUAAGGAAAGUAACCAUCAUCUUUCUUUCAGUGAAGGAUAUCGAUACGUCUACCAUGAUCGGUGUCUAUUCUGCUCAUGGUAUUAUGAAGCUAACACAGAAGGCUGUAUUUACCAUGGAGGGUACAAUUAAUAAGUUCAUUUACGAUGAUAAGGGUAUUCUUAUCCUUAUCAUGUUUGGUCUACCCCCUUUGUAUCACUGUGAUGAUUCCAUCAGGGCUCUGCUCACUUGUUUUCGCCUAAUUGAUGCCCUGAAGUCUCUUAAGUUGAAUGGAAGUAUCGGUAUUUCCACCGGAAGAAUAUGGUGUGGACUCAUUGGAAAUAAAAUUAGAAAAGAAUAUACUGCACUUGGUGAUUCGGUGAACGUGGCCGCUCGACUUUGUUGUAAAGCUGGCAACAAGGAGAUUUACGUGGAUGAAAAUACCUUCAAUGGUUGUAAGCAUUUUAUUUCUUUUCAGAAACUUAUCUCCAUAAAGGUGAAGGGGAAGAAGAAGCUCAUUAGGAUUUACUCCCCUAUAGGGACUAUAAAUAGGAGCUGUCCUCAGUUCGGCUUGGAACAGGGUGGCGCGCAUGGCUACUUCACCGAUGAGGAGUUGCAGGCGGCUGGGGAGGAAGUGCCUGAGGAGGGGGAGGCGCAAAAAGGAAGUGAUAAAAAAGUACAGCGGAGGAGCGUAAGCGAUGGGUACACACAGGGGGGGAGUGUAAGCGAUAAGUGUACGCAACGGGAAAGGAGCCUGAGUACACAGCGUGAAGGCGAGGAAAGUACUUGCAACAAGCGGGACGGCCACACCGCCAAGGAGGAAACAGGGGCUAUGGAAACAGCCGAUGUGACAGAAAAUGCGGAGAUGAACGAAGUCACCGACUUCUCCUUCCUAAACAAAAACUACCUCCUUCGCUACUACCAACGCACGUAUCGCCGAGGGAUUAAGCGACUUCUCGGGAAGAAGGACUGCCUCUACUACUUGAGGCGGUGCGAGGGGGGGGAUGACGCCUUUUCUCAGGGGGAAGACACGUGGAGGAACCCGUGGAGGGAUACUUGGCAAGCCGCCUACAGGGACGACCCGUACAGCGAAAUAAAAGCUAACACCCCCCUGGACUACAUCACCCACACAGGCCCACUCCUCCUCCACGAGUACUACGAUCCCCUCUACUGCGACUUCUUUCAAAUGUACAACACAGGGGGAGUGCUCUUUCUGCAGGGAAACGAACAUCUAGGUAUCUUCGAAAUAAUCACACUCGUAUCGAGAAAACUAAGUAAUUACAAAACAUUCAAAAUAAGUAACAUGCCUCACUCUCUAUACAUUAACGUAACGAAUCCGUUGCUCCCAUGGAAAAUGCUAUGCAACGAGAUGCUCCAACUGUGGAGCUCUUGUAAGAUGAGGAAGGCAAAUACCUUAAUUAGGAAUGAAGACAACUACAACUUGCUACGCGAAAUCACAUACCCCUCAUACCAUUGGUUUUUUAAGUGCAUGUCUAGUGUUGUGGACGACUUAGCCAUCCCCUAUUGGGGAGACUCAGGUAGGAAAGUGCAGACGGAGAAGAAGGGGAGAAAGACACCAGUUCGUUCGAAACAGACCGGAGCAGUGCUACCCUCGACGCAACAAUCUACGGACAAGGACACAGAUGUAGGGACAGGAGACCCCACUGAUGAACUCACCGCUCCAGAUACUUAUGCACGACAACAUGAGGACAGCAAAUCUAAAAAGAAAACGAAAAAAAAAAAAAAAAAAAAAAAAAAAAAAAAAGAUAAUAACAAUGAUAAUGAUAAUGACAUUGACAAUGACAAUGACAAUGACAAUGACAAUGACUGUUCCACCAGCAGUUCCUCCAGUAGUUGUGGUUGCUACGGGAAGGAUGGAUCCAAACAGCGCACGAGGAUGAAAAAACAAAAGGGUAAAUUGUGCAGGCGGAUCCUAACCACCAUUGAUCGCUUUUUCAGUAGAACCACGCGGGAGGAAGGAAGGCGCCCUGGUGCGUUUCUUAACCCGGUCAAAGAGGCGGGAACUCAUACAGUUACUCAAACGGAUCGUCACAUCGACGUUGACACCUGUAACCGUGCCACCAACUCCGGGAGUUACCCUUUCGCAGAGGCGCACCCCUUACUGAAGAGAGAUGCCAAGGGUAACCGAAUGGGGAUCAUCAGCUCCAUGCUUUACUACUUCACCCUGCAUGAAUACACAUUUGUCGUCUUUAAUUACCGAGCGGGCACCUCCCUAAAUAUCAUGGGUGAUGAGAGCGCCUUGGGGAUCUGCAAAAAUAUUGCGAAGCUUGCCAUGUAUAAAAGAAACAAAAUUUUAAAUAACAUACAUAGGGGGAUUAAACACUGGAGAAGGCACCACUGCAGAGGUUGUAACUACUGCAAGGGAGUUACCCAUGUGGGAGGUGGUCACUCCUCCAUGGAGAAUGAUGAUCCUGCUUUAGCCACCCAGAGUGACAGUGCCGAUUGGAUGCAAAGAGGACGCUCCUCCGGUAGCACACAUACACAAGGUGGACAAACCUCCCGCGUGGAACAUAACACGGGAUCAUCUUUGCGUAAGAGCGAGGUGGAAUCUGACACUCCAGAAGAUAGAGAUAGUGAUAUCCGAAGCGAUAGUGGUGAUCAUACGCAUGAAACUACUACCCCUCAAGGGGGAGAAACACAAAGGCACUUAAAGAAGGCAGACAACCUGGGCAACAUCAACAUAGCGCAAAUGUUCAGAGAAGAACGGGCCAAGAGAACCCAACGAAUCAAUGGGAGGUUCUACAAAACGCUGUUUCCAAAUAUAAACGAUAACAUACUUCUGUACGUGGCUGAGCAGAAGAUGAGGGAGCAAUCACAGGGGAGAGGUAACAUCUCGACUGACGCAGGGGGAAGUCCAAUGGAUGGAUUCACACGAAAGGAUGAAUAUAAUACAAAUGACACUCCACUCAUAGAAAACGAACUCAUCAGGAGCACUCUCUACUCCAUUAAAGGGAAAAAAUCUCCACUGUGUGAUCCCAUCUUCAAAGGAAAACACAAACCAUUAAUCUUCCUCUUCGUGAAUGGCAUGAAAGACGACGCUAUAAAGAUCGGAGCCAUACGGAAGAUUAAAAAGUGUGCAGAACAGUGCAAUGGAUACUUAAAACUGGAGGAAUUAAACAGAGAAAGAUUAUGUGAUUUUGUGUGUCUUUGUUUACGUGUGAAGAAGGACGAGUUAAACAAGGAGCUAGUGAAUUACCUGCACAAGACAUGCUUCGGAAUCCCUAAAUUUGUCCAGUACACUCUCUUCUACCUGCUAACAAAGAAGUACAUUAAGCUAUACAGAUAUGCAUGCGGGGUUAGAGAAAGUGAGCCUGUCAGCGAAGCGCCUAACCAAAGGGAUACCUCAAUUGGAGACAGAGGCACAGAAGAACAUUCACGAAACAGUGGAUUCUCUUCGAACCGUGAGAAUGGUCUCCUCCGCAAGGAGGAUUUUUCCUCUGUGAGUAGUACCAUCAAUGCGGGCUCCACCAGUCUACACGAUCCCACUUCGUACACCUACAUCAAUGAAGAAACUAAGCAGAUCAUUACACAGCAAAAUGGGUUCCAAAACUUCCAGUUCUGUGAAGAAACGGAAUAUGAUGAUAACAGGAGUGAUGAUAAUGUCAGUUACAACGAACUCCGCAGCAACGAUAGUCGAGACAAACAACUUCGUAUCAAUCGAGACGCCUCGCUGACGGGCCCAAUCUCAAUGGAAAAGGAUAAUCCAACCGGGACUCACCAAAAAGGGUGCAAGUACACGAUAAAAGUAGUGCGCGACUUGAACUCAGCUCCUUUGGUUCCACGCCUUACGGCCCACUGCAUGUCCCUGAUCGAUAGCCUUAACCAGGAGGAGCUCCUUCUGGCCAAACUAUGUUCCUUCUUCAAGCAGAAUUUUAACAUAAAAAAAAUGGAGUGCAUAUUUCCCAGAUAUAUUUCUAGAUCAGAAUUGAAAAGAAUAAUUAAGGAGCUCAUCAGGAAGAGAGUCUUCCAAGUGUGCGAAGAGAACAGAGAAAAUCAAGUACCAACGGAAGAUGUGAACUCCAUACACAACAUCAAUUUUGUCUACAGGGAUAUCUACAACCUUAUAAAUGACAUUACUGCCAAAAGGCAUAAGCACCAUUCAGUGUUCAGAAAGAACUCUGCCAUCCAAGACGAGGCAUUGUUCUUUUGCAUAACGAAUUUCUCACUCAAGAAGGUGCUGAACGAUCUGCUCGAGAACGAAGAAAAAAAAUACAUCCAAAAAAUAUACAAAAAGUAUUUGGACGAGUAG